CACCUCCUGGCUUCCAAGAUGACCAAGAAAAGAAGGAACAAUGGUCGUGCCAAAAAGGGCCGCGGCCACGUGCAGCCUAUUCGCUGUACCAGCUGUGCCCGUUGUGUGCCCAAGGAUAAGGCCAUUAAGAAGUUCGUCAUUCGGAACAUCGUAGAGGGCGCAGCCAUCAGGGACAUUUCCGAAGCGAGUGUUUUCGACACCUAUGUGCUUCCCAAGCUGUAUGUGAAACUGCAUUACUGCGUGAGUUGUGCCAUUCACAGCAGGGUAGUCAGGAAUCGUUCUCGGGAAGCCGGGAAGGACCGAACACCUCCACCCCGACGUAGACCUGCUGGUGCAGCCCCACAACAUCCACCAAAGCCCAUGGAAGGAGCCAAGUCCUUAAAGACUAAAGAAAUACUGUUCCCUGGAAAGACAAUAAAACCCGGAACUAAGGAGCUGGCGGCAUUCCACGCGGACGCCCACACUGUAGAGUCAGAACAGCUCUGUCCAUCUCUGCACCUGAAUUUCCCUCUGCAACAUGGCCAGAAUCCAAUCUUUAGGAUAGAUGUAUCAAUGCUUGAAAUUAUUAUUUUGAGCAGAGAUUUCCUGCAGGGUUAA